AAGGGGACACACGCAGCACUGAGGAGGAACUGAGAAUGAAUGACCGAGUUCAAACAGUGUCCGUGAGUUUCUGUUGGGAAAGGAUCAAGAUCUGCGGCAAACUGUGCAGGAUUGCCUUCAUCUCCAAAAUCCGGGUUGCAGCCGGUGAUUGGCAGGAGGAGGAGAGUCUGACGGAGGAGCAGAGGAAUGUUGGCAGCCAUUUAGUCUGAGCUCAACAACGGAGGAAACAUGGAUUCUUCACAAAAAAAAUGUAAACACAGCAAUGGAGUGAGAUGUCGGAGCUCUGAGGAGGAUAUGGAUGGUUCAGCAACAACAGCAAAAAGAGAUGAAUCACUGAGUUGUGAGCAAUGUGGCAAGACUUUUAUCACAGCAACAAAGCUAAGAAUUCACAAACAUGUUCACACUGUGUACAAACCAUUCAGCUGUGAUCAGUGUGGAAAGGCUUUUACUGCCAAGACUCUGUUAAAAAGCCAUCAACUCAUUCACAGUGGAGUUAAACCAUUCAGCUGUGAUCAGUGUGGAAAGGCUUUUACUCGGAAGAGGAAUCUAACAAUUCAUCAACUCAUUCACAGUGGAGUUAAACCAUUCACCUGUGAUCAGUGUGGAAAGGCUUUUACUCGGAAGAGGAAUCUAACAAGUCAUCAACUCAUUCACAGUGGAGUUAAACCAUUCUCCUGUGAUCAGUGUGGACAGGCUUUUACUCAGAAGAGGAAUCUAACAAGUCAUCAACUCAUUCACAGUGGAGUUAAACCAUUCACCUGUGAUCAGUGUGGAAAGGCUUUUACUCGGAAGAGGAAUCUAACAAGUCAUCAACUCAUUCACAGUGGAGUUAAACCAUUCACCUGUGAUCAGUGUGGAAAGGCUUUUACUCGGAAGAGGAAUCUAACAAGUCAUCAACUCAUGCACGGUGGAGUUAAACCAUUCAGCUGUGAUCAGUGUGGAAAGGCUUUUACUCAGAAGAUUAAUCUAACAAGUCAUCAACUCAUUCACAGUGGAGUGAAAUUGUUCGGCUGUGAUCAGUGUGAGAAGUCUUUUACUCACAAGAGUACGUUAAGAAGUCAUCAACUCAUUCACAGUGGAGUUAAACCAUUCAGCUGUGAUCAGUGUGGAAAGGCUUUUACGCAGACGAGUCACUUAAAAAGCCAUCAGCUCAUUCACAAUGGAGUUAAACCAUUCAACUGUGAUCAGUGUGGAAAAGCUUUUACUCGGAAGAGUCACUUAAAAAGCCAUCAACUCAUUCACAAUGGAGUUAAACCAUUCAACUGUGAUCAGUGUGGAAAGGCUUUUACGAAGAAGAGUAACUUAAAAAGUCAUCAACUCAUUCACAAUGGAGUUAAACCAUUCAACUGUGAUCAGUGUGUGAAAACCUUUACUCAGCAUGAACAGUUGUUGAUCCAUCAAUGCCCCCAUUCUGGUAGAAAGCGGUACCACUGUGACUCCUGUGAAAAAACUUUCAGCGACCAACGGGGCUUAAAAUGUCACCAACGCAUCCACACUGGACAUGAUGUGUAUGUAUGUGAUCACUGUGGGAAACUAUUUGUACGGUACUCGGAGUUAAAAGCUCAUGAAGUGACCCACACUGGGGUUAAACCAUACAUUUGUGACCAGUGUGGGAAACGCUACAGCUACAUUGCAAACCUCAAAGUUCACCAACGUGUCCACACUGGGGAGACACCAUACAGAUGUGACGAGUGUAAGAAGACUUUUACAACUUUGGGUUCCCUGAAACAACACCAGCAGAUCCACACCAGAAAGAAAGCAUUCAAUCAGUGUCACAGUGAGCAGAACGGAACAGAUGGACAAAACUCUCAGACUUGUCAGCACUCUGCUAAUGGUGAACAGUGCUGCUCUGACCAGUCUGGACCAACGUCCAACCAACAAGGAACCCUACAAUGACACCAGCGUAUGCACACUGGACACAGACUGAACCCCUGCCAAGAAGAUUUCUCCAUGCAGGGUUCAGUAAAAGUUCAUGAAGUCCUCCACAAACUUAAAGUCCUUGAGAUCCGGCUUCACAGAAUUCAUGUCUAAUUUCUUGUUUGGUGUCUUCGUUGCUUCGUUACAAAAUCCAUUAAGAGGAAAGCUGUCGUUAACAGAUGUGACUGGUAAAUUAAUGAAACCAUUCAAAGUGGUUACUCAGUUAAAUGAAUUAUCAGUGGCAGAGGGAUAGACGUCUGUAGGGAGGCAGUGAGCAGCAGGGCGAAUUUCCUCGAAUACCACCUUAAUCGUUCCUCAGAUCCCUCUGGGCUGCAGGAACCUGUUAGAUGCAGAGCUGGUUCAGUGAUUCUCUUAUGAUUAAUCAUAAUUAGUUUAGGAGAUUACUGGCCUUAGGAUUCCUAUCUAUCUAUCUCUCUAUCUCUCUAUCAUCUCAAGACAUUGAUGAAGAAUCUCUAAUAUUGAACAAUUAGAUCAAAUAAUCUCUGAUUAUGUGUGAGUUGAAAUAUAAAAACAUGAAGGGUUUUUCUUGUCAGAAAUUGUCUUCCAGUGAGGGACUUCUGACUGUUCACUUUUCUUGCCCUCUCAUACUGUUAAAACACAAGAAUCAAUGUCUUGGUUCAAAUCACAUUGUAUUUGCAUGUAGCUCUGUGUUUUCUGCUCCAGGAAUUGGGUGAUGUGUGCGACCCAGCACCCACAGCUGGUUGGGUGUCAUGUGGUUCUGCGUUCUGAUUGGAUGAUUGUCCAACCACUGCCACAAGUAUGAAUGUCAUCCUGCACAUAGAUAUAUACAAACACGAGAUGUCUCAAGACGGAGUCGGCGUCGUCGUCACUUGGCGGCCAUCUUAGUACAAGGGACUCCUCUGGCGCACUGUACUGUAGUCAAUGGUAAGGUGGAUGAUUUCCUCACUUUAACACUCAUAACUCGCUCAAUUCUUGAUUGAUUUACAAACGGUUUAGUUUAUUACAAACCUUAUUAACGUGGCUAUGAUUCAGGCUCAAUUCCGAAAUCGCAGCUUUUCGUUUUGAAAAAUGCGGUAUACUUGUGUGUCUUUUCUGCCUGGCUACUCACAUUGAAGAUGGUGUUACUCACAAUCUGAUUUUCAAUUAUUAGGUUUUCCUGAGACCAACGUUUUUUGAGAACCUAAUCUUUAGGUGAAAUUACAUUCUUUGUGGUUGUGGUUGUAUUUAUUUGCUUGUUAAGAGACUUUGAUUGAGACCUUAGACUUAUUGUUUGUAUACAUCUAUGCCUGGAUUAGUUAGCCUGCAGCCGAAAUGCAUUGUGGGUAAUGUAGGCACCAGGUUCAUGAAAAGAAAAGACAACAUCUCUGUUUGUUGUGCAUUGAUUUUGGUUGAGCUUUGUUUUUAUCUGUGCAUUAGAAAGCUGAUAGUAAUAAAGAAGUGCAAUGCUAAAUAAUAAAAUUACAUUUACAUCCA